AGUAUAUCUUACUAAAACUGAAGAAGUGUGAACGCCGAGUUUCCAGCUUUACUGCAAAGAUGGUCAAUGUGCCUAAAACCCGAAGGACUUUCUGUAAGAAGUGUGGAAAGCAUCAGCCUCACAAAGUGACCCAGUAUAAGAAGGGCAAGGAAUCCCUGUAUGCCCAGGGGAAAAGGUGCUAUGAUGGGAAGCAGAGUGGCUACGGUGGGCAGACCAAGCCGAUUUUCCGGAAGAAGGCUAAAACCACAAAGAAGAUUGUGCUGAGGCUUGAAUGUGUUGAGCCUAACUGCAGAUCCAAGAGGAUGCUGGCCAUUAAAAGAUGCAAGCAUUUUGAACUGGGCGGAGAUAAGAAGAGAAAGGGCCAAGUGAUCCAGUUCUAAGCUUUGGGAUUCUGUUUUAUUUUCGAAAGGAAGAUGUUGAAGCAGUCGAAAAAUUACCUGUAUGAAAAUAAAUGCAGUGGUAUUCUUACUCAAAAAAAAAA